AUGUCGCGUCUCAACCCAAAUGCCAGUGCCUUCCCUCCCAAGGGUGGCAGACCCAGUGUCACCACUAAGGCCUGUGCCACCCCACCCGCCAAGACCACCACUGCCCGUGCCCUCAACGAGAUUGAUCUUACCCGCUCUCUCACUUUCACCGCCACCUCGAACAACGUCGACGGUGCCUGGCCCCGCAACAAGCUCGUCACGAGCCCCACCGCUCCCCACUACGGCCAUAACUGGGCCACCACCUUCCCGCCUGUCAAGACCCUUACCUCGAGUGGCAGUCUGAGCUUCCUCGGCCCCGAGUCCUCCCCCGUCACCGCCCACCUCAAGUCUCCCAGCUUUCCUCCACCCACUUCGCUCCACCGCGACCACCCUAAUGUCAGCCUUGGUCGCCAGCCCGUUCCCACUCACCCCAUGAAUCGCCAACUCAGUCCCCAGCACGCAGCCCACAUGACUCACGGUACCCACUCUGCAUGGUCUACCUACUCUGCUCACCCCAAUCAGGACCUCGACGACUGGUACAGUCCUCACUUCGCCUUCAAGCCUUUCGGCGAAGAGGGCGUUUUUGAGGCGGCUCGCCGCCAGGAGGUCAUGGACUCUGGCCAUUCAACUGUCGCUCCCUCGGCCGGGUCCCACCGCAUCUACCCCAAGAGGCCCCGUUCCGUCGCCAGGGACCACAACGGAAGCGUCUUCUCUGACGACGAUGACGAGCUCAUUCUAAGCCGCAAUGUCUACAUUCCCAAUCCGUCCGUCCACAUGACCAAGGAGACGCUCCAGAGGUAUGGCCAGAACUUUGGCCGUGUCGUCUCCCUCAAGGUUGAAAGUGGCGGUACGGAGGUGUCGCACGACAUAAUCGGCCAGUUCCCCCUCUUGGGUGGUUAUGACGGCCGCAGAUACGCGUUUGUCAUGUUCGACUCGAACCAGGCCGCCGCCAAGUUCAUCGAGGGCCUCACCGCCGCAGGUAUUCCUGCCAUAUUCGGGCGCGAGACUGCGCAUCUCAAGCACCAGGCCCUCCAAGACCCACACUCGUCCAACUGCUAUUUCGCGGACAUUCCUCUCGAGUUCACUGAGCAGGACAUGCGAGACCUCGUCUACCCGGCCCGCAUUGCGUCGAUGCGCUUCCUCCUUGACAGCAACGGGAACCGACGCGGCACGGCCAUGGUCCGCAUGGAGAGCCGCCACCAAGCCGAAGAGGUGAUCGCCCGCCUUGACCUCAAGUACAAGCCUAUGGGCUACAGCAAGUGCAUCCAGGUUCGCAUCGCGGACUCGGAGAACCAGAAGGCGUUCAAGCAGAACCGCUCUCGCAAUGACAGCCCGAAAGGCAAUGGUGGUUCCUAUGGCAGUUCGUCGCCCUCAAGUAAUGCUUCGCGCAGUUCCAGUUUCAGCAGCAGCUGUGACGCGCAUUCGGCUUUUGACAUGGCGGCGCACUUGUGCAAUUCCCAACAGAUGGUCACACAUCUUCAGGAGCGACUCGUGCAACAGCACUCGCUCAACCUCACCACGGACCGCACCCCGUACUCUCCCGACGAUCUCGCCUCGUACCCGUCACCCUACCCGACAGCUGAGGCCACUGCGCCUCGCAUGCCUUCCGUCUCUCCAGGUUUCAAGAUCGCCCAUGGCAUCCCCAACAGCCCAACCUGGGACGCUUGGGGUCGGGGCACGACCGCCCCACCACCCACUCGUGUGCCGUCUGCUGGCUCGAGCCACUCCAACUUCCCCCCCGAGUCUUUCCAGUGCCACGGGGUCCAAAUCAGCGGGCGCCGCUAG